GCUCGACUCAUUGCUGUGUCUCCAGGUGUCUCGGUGGAGGAUGACGAUGCUGCUGGUUUUGGCCGCGUUGCUUCUCAUUAAUGGAGUCUCUGCAGGAAAUACACACUAUGGGGCGAACAGUUACCUGCCUCUGGACAUGGCUCCGAACUCCGUUGACGACAUGUAUUGGCAGUGCAAACCACAAAUGUCCUGUGUGGCGGCACAAUACCUGCAGAGAGAGAGGAACCAAAACAUCAAAUUCAGAAGAGUGUGGGACAGGUCGAUGGCGCUGUACAACGGGAAAUGGAAUCAUCAAAAGCCAAAUUUGGUAAGAGAGCAGGUCGUAGCUAUUUAUACCUACACCUCUGACGAAGGAAAGCUGUAUCGUGAUUUCAACAAUGCCGUUCGAAGCCAGGGGCUUCAGUACAAGACCUGGUUCGGGUUUCACGCACUUCACUUUUACCUGACCAGCGCCAUUCAAGCUCUGUCUCGCAAGUGUGUCCAUAGCUACCGGAGAGCCAACCUCUACUUUCGCCAAGAUGUUGUCAACAAGAACAUCCGAUUUGGUACUUUCGCCUCAUCCUCGAGGGGUUCAUACAGCCAGGCCGGUGUAUUCGGAGACAAGUCAUGCUUUGAGAUUUACACGUGCAUGGGAGCAGAGAUCUCCAUGUAUUCCAAAUAUCAGAACGAAAGAGAAGUGCUGAUUCCUCCUUACGAGGUCUUUAGAGUCAUCAGGGUAAGGAGGAGAUCAUAUUAUCACCCAAAUCUUCCGUGCCAGGUCGUCUACACACUGAGGAGCACGAAGAAAGCAUUUUCCAGGCUGAAUUGUGCUCUUUUAAAAAAAUAAGCACUCUCAUGUUUUACCUACAGUUAACAUGUAAGAUAACAUGGCUUAAAGUACAGCCAAAUUAUCUUUAAUCAACAUUAAUGUGACUAUGGAUUUGUUGACAGUUAUAUUUGAAUAAUUCAACUAUAUCAAAUGUGGUUUAAAGGCUCUAGAAUAAAAAAAUGCAUGGAGUUUAACCCUUAAAAUUGUCUAAUUUUCAUAGUGGAUCUGUUUUAAAUGUUUAAAUGAAUAUGAACAAUUUGUUGAGUUGUAUACAUUACAAGUAAUGUAACAUUACAAAUAAAGUAAAUACAUUGUUUUAU